ACAUACCUAACCUAGGAUCUACUAGAUCGGUCUUGGCAAAGAUUCAAGACUCCAUACCGAAAUUUCAUCUCUAUGGCUUCCGAGGUCAUUUCGCCCCUUCACGUUGCGUAACGUCGUACAUUGUGUGAGACAUUGUAUAACAAUACGUGUAACAACUUCAGAACUUCCACGGUCUCUUAGCUGUGGUCGUUAUAUAAGUCUUGCCUUGCCUUGUCUUGUCUUGUCUUGUCUUGUCAAUCAGUAGACUCAUCCCGAAGCCGUCUAUGUAGAAUUGAAUGUCUAACAGGUUAUUUGCUACGUACCCGUAUUAGGUAUUAGGCUUCGUAUCCGCAUGGACGUGAAUUAUACAUUCGUGAACCUUCAGGUACUUAGCCGUCUAUUCAACGACGUCAACACACGUCCCGAUCUACGUACGUAGUGCUACUAAACCCUCAAUGGGUCGUCCAGAGCCGCUACCGUCCCGGCCGCAGCGUCGACGUAUAACUACCGCGAGCACCAUCUUUACAAUAUUACUCAUAACGCUAUUAUGCUUCACGCGUUAUAGCCAACAACUACUGCCCAUAGUGCCAGCAAUAAUGACGCAAGACGCCCAAUCUCAAUCUCAAUCUCAACCUCACCCUCACCCUCACCCUUCCUUCACGAAGCCAACUCUCCUCGCCUCCUUACCUCCCUCCGCCCUACCCAAACCCCAUGCCGGCCUCGACUCGCCUCGCCUGAUCAUGAUCGGUGACGUGCACGGGCAGCUCGACGCACUGGAUGCGUUGCUCACCAAAGUUGGGUACUCGCGCGCGCGAGGCGACACGGUCGUCUUCACGGGGGACAUGGUGAACAAGGGCCCAGACAGCGGGGGCGUAGUCGACCGCGCCGUCGAGAUGGGCGCGUACAGCGUGCGCGGCAACCACGAAGACCGCGUGUUGCGGGCCUGGGCUGAAAUGCAGGCCGAUGCAAACACAGAUACAGAUACGGAUACGGACACGGACAUAGACGAAGAAGCGGGAGGGGACGCCGAGGCAGAAGGGAAGAAAAGGAAGAAGAACCACGGGCAUAAGCACAAGCAUAAGAGUAAGAAGGGAGACCGCAAAACGGCAAAGAGCCUCACGUCCGCCCAGCGCUCCUGGCUCGCCGCGCGGCCCGUCAUCCUGCGCGUUGGCGCCAUAUCUCCGUAUUACGGGGACGUGGUGGUUGUGCACGGGGGUCUGGUCCCCGGCAUAGCGCUCGAGAAGCAAGACCCGCAGGUAGUCAUGAACAUACGAACCCUCAUUACGCCUUCCUCUUCCUCUUCCUCUACCGAAUCCCUCCUCGAUCCAUCUAUCGCCUCCUCUUCACACCCACACCUAAAGCCGAGCGAAGGCCGCGAAGGACACCCUUGGUCCAAGGUGUGGAACACGCUGGAGAAAGAGAAGCGCAAGAAGGGACGCCACGGGACGCCGACAACAACCGUAAUCUACGGCCACGACGCCAAGACCGGCCUCAGCAUACGGCGGUACGCGUUCGGACUGGACAGUAAUUGUGCGCGAGGCGGGGAGCUAACAGCGCUUGUAUUCGAGCCGACUUCCCCUUCCACCACCGACUCCGACUCCGACUCCCCAGACAGCAGCAACGACAGCAACAACGGCGAAAAUACAGAAAUAACAGCGUCCGAAAAGCUCGAGCAGACCAAACACGGCAUAGCGCACCGAAUCGUCAGCGUAGCCUGUCGACCACGUUAGUAAACUUGACGUAAUAAUACACCGGAACGAGGACCAGGGCGAGGAAGAAGCCUAGGGUAAGCAGGAUGAGGAGGAGCAGGCCGACAAUGGUGAAGAGGAAGGCGAAUAGAGAGGCCCAGAAAGCCAUGGAUAGAAAACCCAUUGCGUCUGUGGUUGGCUGGGCUUGGAUUGGAUCCUUAGAUCGGUAACGUUUAUUUAUCAGGGUUAUUUGGCUAGAGAGAUAACGAUGGUAAUGGUGUGCAGUGGACAGUGGGCGGUGGUAUGAUCUUGUUGGGAGAUCAUAGGCAUCUAACCCGACGUAUCUGCAUAUUCAUAAUGCAUGGCGGGGGCGUUUCUGCGUUUGUGUACCAGUAAUACCAAUUUUCAUAUAUCCUACUACCUAAGGCAGGUUAUCCGAUACCAAUACAGUACCUAAUAAAGAGAUAUUUCGACUCGUCACAUUUUGCGUGGUAUUCCAUACGACAUCGAAGAUUG